AUGCGUACUUCGUUCAAACACCACCAGCUUCGUACACUCAAAUCCUAUUUCGCCCUCAACCAUAACCCCGACACAAAGGACCUAAAACAACUCGCACAGAAAACAGGCCUGACCAAAAGGGUACUUCAGGUUUGGUUCCAGAACGCUCGGGCCAAAUACAGACGCAAUCUCCUGAAGCAGGAGGAGGAAAAGGUACCCAAGCAACAGCAGCAGUUGCAACGCCACCAAGCGGCCGUCAUGGAGCAGAUCUGUGACUCGCAAUCAAUGCCAGCUUCGGAUAUGGGGAGCAUGGGAGGGGCCGGACACCGGAGCAAGUCACCGACAUUGUCGGAACUCAGUUCGGCGCCGUCGCUCUCAGAUCUUCAUCAUCAGACCGGCAGCGGUUCUCUAUCUUCACUAUCUAUCUAUCUAUCUAUCUAUCUAUCUAUCUAUCUGUCGUUUCAUUAUCUAUCUAUCUAUCUAUCUAUCUAUCUAUCUAUCUAUCCCUAUAAGUUUUGGCUCGUUAUUCUUAUAACCAGGCUCCCGUAUUUCCUUUCCUGCUUGAUUUCUAUCUUUCCUUUUCUUCCGUCUCUUUCUCUCUCCCGCUAUAUAUCUAUCUAUCUAGCUAGCUAG